AUGAAGAUAUUUUAGAUUUUGAAUCUCUUUUCUUUAUUUAAAAUUUUCUAUUCCUACUUCACGGGAUCGAUAGGUUAGUAAUAUCAAUUACAAGUAAACAUCAUAGAUACGAAUGUAUAAUUAAUAAGAGAUGAAGGAAUACUUUUUGGUAUCUGGUCUAAAUACAAUCCCUUAGGUAUAACAUAAUAAGUAGGGCUUGUUGGAUUAUGGGAUUCAAAUUGCUUUCAUUAUCAGAGUUUAAUUGGAAAGUCAUCUAGAAGUUUGGGAUAAAUUUAUUAUGAUUGUCUUAACCCUGAAAGUAAAACCAUACAAAAAUUUGUUGCAUUUGCUACUUUAGAUGGUCAAUAACAUUUAUAUCAAAUAGAUAUUAACCCAUCUGAAUAUGAAAAUGUAUGGUAUUUAUUUGAAUUAUUAUACUACCCUUCUGCAAAUAUAAUAGAAUUCAUAAUAGUAAAAGAAAAUUCAAUUUUGUUUUAAAAGAAAUUAGAUUCUUAGUUUUUUUUAGAAAAUUAGAUAAAAUAAAUUAUUGGAGGGAGUUUAAUCGUACAAAAUUCAAAUAUAAAUUCAAUAGAAGCAGGGACAUAAUUUUCAUAUUUUCCGGGUGAUAUGCAAUUAAUAACUGAUCCUCGAGUCUAUAAAGAUAAAUUAAAAGGUGGGAUAGAAUCUUUUGUGCAAAAUUUUGAUUCUGUUUCCGAGGUUUCUUGCAAUGAAACUACUACUACUUAAAUAUCAGAUUAAGAUUUAAUUUGGUUGGAUUAAAAAUAUUUUAUUUCCGAAAACAUCAACAUUGAUUCAUUUAUUUUGGCUGGUUGGUUUAGAAUUACUCAAGUACAUCAAGUUGUCGACGAGUUUACAUAUCAUUUUUUAAAAAUUAGUAAAAACACUAGAUUUGAAUAAUUCUCUAAUCCUAACCUAUCCCCAUUUUAAUUAUUCUAUAAAAUAUCUCCAAAUAAUAAUAAGAUAAUAAUUACUACUUAUAGCUACAAUUAUCCAUCAGUAUCUUUAGAUUUUACUAAUAGUGAUAACAGCUUUAUGAUUACUGAUGAAUUUUAAAUAAAUCAAAAAAUUUCUCUUUGGCACAGAGUUUUUAUUAAUCUAAAUUCAAAUCAAAUUUUCAUCUAAAUAUAAUUUUUUGACUCAUACGAUGUAUAUGAAUAUUCUAAGUCACAUACGGUCUAAUAAUUCCGCAACGUACUAUUUUAGGUACAUUAUGGAAAUUUAAUGAAAUCAUUUUAGAAUUAUUUGGAUAUUUAAACUAGAAAUAAUAUAUUUUAUAAUUGCUAAUAAUAUGUAUAGCCUCAAAAUUGCCAUUUUUCUUGCUAUGAUUGUGAUGGUCCAACCAAUAAUGAUUGUUUAUCAUGUUCUGAAGCAUCACAUAGAAUAUACAUACCUGAGCAUAAAGCCUGCAUCUGCCCGUAUAGCUAUUUAGAUGAUUAAAUUAAUUAGAAUUGUUUAUCAUUUUCUGAUUAAUCAUUUAAUAUUAAGGAUUUACAAAAAACUGAGGAUUGCCAAUUCGGUUAUUUUGAGUUUCAUGAUUCUUGUUAUCCCUGGUAAAAUAUUUGAUUAUAAUAAAGCCCUUCAAUUAUUUCUGAUAAAUUGAUAACUUGUAUAGAAUGCAUAAAUAAUAUAAAGGGAUGGAAGGAUAAUCCAGAAUGCAGCCACAAUAUCUAUAUGGACCUUAAAGGAAGUACAGCAUAAAUAUAUUAUGGCUCAAUUCAUAAUUUCAUGUUUGGUGGUGAAGAACCAUAUUUGUAAUAAAAUUGGUCAUGGAAUUAUACUUUUUUUAAUUAUGACAUAAUCUUUAAAAUCUUCUCUUAAUUGCAAGAAAGCUUUAAUCAAUUUUGUUAAAAGGAUUAUAGCGAGUUUAAUAAUGAAUUUUACCCUUGCUACAUAUGUAAUUUGGAUUAUUGUGAUGUGUGCUUCAUUGAAAUGACAGGGGUAAAAUGUAGUGUCUGUCGAAAGACAAUAUAAUUAAAAGAUGGGCUUUGUAUUUCAUCAGCAAGUUAAUUUCCAAAUAAUAAAGAUUGUAGAACUCCUUAUUAUCUAACCUCACUUAGAAAUUGUAAAUUAUGCCCUAUUAACAAUUGCAUCUAUUGUUUUGAAUAUGAAAAAAAAAAUCUAGAAUAAUCUACUUUAUAUGCAAAUUUUGAGAAAUUUGAAUAAGAUGAAUAUUUAAGCAUAGGAUGUGCAAUGUGUGAAGAGAAUUAUAUUUUUGAUUUUACUAUUGGAUAGUGCAUUCAUUAAGAACCUUCCUUAUCCAAUUGCUUAAGGUCAUUUAUAAAUUUAUAAAAUUAAGAAAUUUGCACUUUAUCAUCUACUGAUUUUAGUGUAGCAUCAGAAAUUAUUAAUUGCGGUAGAUUAAUCGAAAACUGUUUGCAAUGUAUUUUAACUCCUUUUUAUGAAAUUAAAUGUAUAAUUUGUAAUUUGGGUUUUACAGCGUCUAUCAGAAAUGGAAAUUGUUAUAAAACGACAUUAGGGUAUACAAAAAUUGCAAUUGAAGGAGAAAACUUUUUUGAUGCAUCAAUUUAGAGAAUACAGAGUUUUAUGAUGAAAUUUUUACCAAACCAGUAUUUUUAUUAAAAAAGUUUUUCUGUUAUCUUUCUUUUUCCUAUACCAAUUGCAUGUAAUGAGGGUUAUUCAUUUAAUUCACAAAAAUAUUGUGUUAAAUAUUGCACUUCAGAAUGUUUGGAUUGUUAAGAGUCGAAUAAUAAAGUAGAUUUUUAUUGUGCAAAAUGCCCAUUAAUAUUAGUACUAUUAACCUAUUCAUAGUGAAGAAAGAGGUUCAUGCACUAAGUGUCCUGAAUUAUGCGAAGUGUGUAUAGUAAGAUCUGACGAUGAAAUCUAAGUAACUUUUGUAAUUAUUGCUAUAGAAACUAAAUCCAUAUUUUAAGGUUACAGACGUCAACAGAAUGUAUUCUAAUAAAUGUAUGAAACCGAUUUCGAAUAAAAAUGUGGUAAUAGAUUUUUAUUUUUAAAUUGCCAAAUAUUGUUAUAACCAGAGUUGCAAUUUAGAAUAUAUUAUAACAUAGUCUAUUUAUUAGGAAAACUUAGACGAUAAAAUUGAUAUCCAUUAUUGUAAUUAAAUUGGAGUUAAAGUCUUGAAAAUUUAAAAUAAUCCUACUAAUCUUGUUAAUUUUUCAAGCAGUACUGAAAAUAUUUCUUAACAAACUAAAUUAAAAGAAUAAAUUUUUAGUUUACAAAUACUGAAAUCUGAAUUUAAUCUUGUUUAUAAUUACAUCGGUUCUGGAGUUUUCACUGGUUUUGAUGAGAUAGAGAUUAAUAAUGCAUAUUUAAGAAUUAUAGAUGAUUAUGCUUUUAUAUAACCUUAUAUAUUUCAAUUUCAAAAUCAAAAUUAAAAAGUUAAAUUCAUCUUAAAUAACAUUAUCAUUGAGAAAAAUUAAUUUGAUAACACUAAUUCUAUAUUUGAAUCAGAAUUAUUUGGAGAUAUUACUUUGAAUAACAUUUCCAUAGUUAACUGUAAUUUCAGCGAAUCUUCACUUCUUAAAAUCAAUUUCUAGCUGUAAUUAGGUAAGAUAAAAAUAUCAAAAAUGACUUUGUAAAAUUGUAACAUUACUAAUUCGCAAUUAUUUUCACUGAUUAAUUGUCAAGUCUAAAUUUAUAUUGAAUAAUUAGUUAUUGAUUAAAGCUUAUUAAUAAAUUCAUCAUUUAUUACAUUUUUUACUAAUUUUUAAGAUGAAAGCAAGUUGGAAAUUAAAGGAAUAACAAUAACAUCAAGCUAAUUUUUCAAUUCAUAAAUUUUUAAUUGCAUUAAUUUACCAGAUAUUAACAUAAAUAAUUUAAUACUGAAUAAAAAUUCAAUCAUCCUGUCAAAGAUUAUUGUCUUUAAUAAAAAUUUUACUUUGUUUUAAACCCAAAUCAAUAAUAACAAUUUUAUUGAAACAUAUUUUAUUACAACUCCUGUUACAGAUAACAAGAUAAAGAUAUAUUGUUUAGUUAAUAAUUACAAGGUAAGUCAAAAUGAAUUUACAAAUUCCAGUCUAUUUUACAUAUCAAAUGAAAACAUGUACUAUUAAUUAACGACUGUUUAAAUUUAGAUUAACUAAGGAUAAGAUACUUACUAUUAAGGUAUUAGUCUAUUUAAUAUCAAUUGUUUCCAAAUAGAAAUUGAUAAUAUUUAAAUUGUAGAUUCAAAUAGCCUUCUUAUAUUCAAAUUUUUGGAAGUUUAUCAAAUAUUUGCAUCAAACAUAGUUUAUGAAAAUCUGAAUAUCAAGAAUAAAGUUCCUUUAAAUUUAAAUUGUAUGGAAUACAAAAAUUAUAAUUAUCAACUAUUUGUAAUUUCUGGAUACCAUAGAGUUACCUUUAAAAAUAUUAAGGCUAUUAAACUAUUUUUAAUUGAUUUGUAAUUAAUAGAAAUAUCAUCAACUCGAAAAAGAUGGACAUAUAUGCCUUCAAGUAUUGAAUUAAUAAAUUUGGAAUUUUUUACUAAUUUAUUAUUCCAUUAGAAUCAAGCCAAUUAUUUCUCUCUAAUGUCAAUAAAUUCUGAAUAUAAUACGAAUAUAUCGAUUGAAAACAAUUUUUUUCAAAAAAAUGUUAUUCAUUAGUAAUUAGAUGAUCUUUAAGAUUCAGCAGCAGUGUUAAUUCAAGUAUCUUUAAAUAAAGGAUACAUAACAAUAAAUAAUCUUUACUGCUCACAUAAUGCUCUGACUAAUUCAUCAAAUUCAUAUAUGUCUUUGAAAUCAGAAUUCGUCAUAAUAACAAACUAUACUGUUUUGAAACAUAAUAGUUUACCUUUUGAAUUUUGGGAGUUAUAUUACGAUUUAUAAUUAGAAAAUGAUCAACUUAAAUUUGAUUAGGAAUAAAUAAAUUUAAUCAUAUAACAAACCUUUAUAAUAAAAAAUAAAUGCGGAGCCAGUUAAAUAAUUGCAUCUACAUUUUCAUGUUUUAAUUGUUUUUUUUAGGACAUUAUUGCCCUAAAAAGUUCUGUAUUUGAAAUAAAAACCUAAGGUGAUGGAAAUAUCUAAUUUAGCAAUUUAACAAUAAAUUCUUUAGAAUUUGAUUUAAGUUAAAUAGCAGAUAGCUCUGGCUGUAUUACUAUCUAUUCAACUAACAGUUUACUCAACUUAAAAAUCAUAAAUGCUGUAUUUGAAAAUGUUCUUAAUCGUAUGGCAACUUCUUUAUUUACAAUAAGUCCAUCUUUCUAGAAAAAUUACAUUUCUUUAUAGGAUGUGAUAAUUAAAAAUUGUAUUUCUUUGAAAAACCCAAUUAUAAAUAUAUUAUUCUCAACUUAGAGUAUAAAUUCAAACAAAGUUAUGAUAUAAAAUGUAAAUAUAAAUUUUGAGGAGGCGGCUUGGAUGAAAUACUUUUAGAAAACAGGGAUGAUAAAUUAAAAUGAAAUUAUAGAUAUAACUGAUACUUCUAAUGCUUUAAUUUAAUUGCAAAAUUGUAAUGUGGUGUUAUCCAAAAUACUUAUUUCUGGUAUUUUUAGUUGUCCUUUAAUUAAAUUGAUAAAUGUUUAAAACUUAUUAAUCUCCUCAUUAUGGGUAAUAGAAAUUAAAACAUUUUAUGGUUUUAAUCUUUUAGAAUUAAAUUAAGAUUUAUUAAUAAAGUAAACUAUUGAUAUUAAUUCUGGAAAAUUUUAACGUAUUUCAAUUUAUGAAAUUAGCACUAAUCCAAUCUAUUAUAAUUCUUAAUUAAAUUAUAUGAUCAAAGGAUGUUUUCAAAUUUAAAAUUUAUAAUAACAAACUCUUAUUUAUACUUUUGAUUAAAUUAUCAAGCUCUUGUAAUCGACCUAAAAAUCAAGCUCCAUUAUUUUAUUUCAAUCAACUUCAAAUAAUACAAAUUUUUAUGUUUAAAAUAUAGUUUUUUAUGAUAUUAAUUGUUCCUAUUGUUCAAAUGGAUUGAUUUUUUUCAAUAUCGAAAACUAUAAAGCAUUAAAAAUUAGGGAACUUACCUUUGAUUCUAAUCAAAUUAAAUAAUUUGGAUGCGUGAAUAUGGCCACAACUAAUUAGAUCAGCUAGAGUUGUCUAAUAAAGAAUUCUAAUUUCCUUAAAAAUAAUGGUAGUUCUGGCGUUGCUAUAUAUUCAGCCAGCAUACCAAUUAAGAUUAUUUAUUGUAAUAUAAUUAAGAAUAUUGCCAGUAAUUAAGGUGGUGGCAUAUAUUUGAACAUGAAUACCAAGGAUUUAAUUAUUAAUAAAUCGACAAUUAUUAAUAACCUAGCAUUUUAAGGAGGUGGAAUAUACCUAUUUAAAAAUGCUAACAUAAAUUAAAAAAAUUUGAUUUAAACAUUCUUGUAAUUCAACAAGGCAGACUUUCUGUCAAAUAAUUUGGUAGAAUAUCCAACUCAUCUAAGCUUAUUUAUUAAUUCAAAAGAAAUGUAAGCAGAGGAACUUAAAAUUAAUAACAUUACAAUAAAUAUCCUCAAUCUUAAGCCUUAUAAGAUAAUAGAUUAAGGUGCUAUUUCAUUAAGUUAGUAUUUGAUGAUACCAAGUUAAUAAGUAAUCAAACAAUAUAAAAUUUUUAUACCAUAGUUAUAAAUAGUUUAGAAGAUAUUCAGUGAUGUAUAAAUAACUUUAAGAAAUAGCAGAAAUGAAUUAUAAUAAAAUGCGCAUCAAAUCACUUGCUUAGUUUCAUAAAAAAAAACUUAAUUGAAAUAGGUUUACACUUUUGAGGAUGCUAAAUUGAUUAAUUCUCUUUAAAUUGAUGAAUUUAAUCACUUUGAUUUAGGAUCCAUCUAAUUUCAUUAUGAUCCAUAUCAAGGCGGAAAUUAAAAUUUAUAAAUUUUAGUGAAUUGUUCAUCAGAUAUUUCACAAGUCAGAUUAUUUUAUUUAAUAAAUUCUAGAACCUAUAAAUGUUAAUUAGGAGAAUUUUUAAUUGAUGAAGGAUGUUAAGUUUGUGAAUCAACUUUGGGAUUUUAUUCAGUUACAUAUAAUACCACAAAGUGCUCAAUAUUUGAUAAAACAAGGUUUGCAAAUAUAUCUUCACAUUCUAUAUAAUUAUUAGAAGGUUAUUGGAGGCCAAAUAUGUAUUCUGAUUACAUUGAUUAUUGUUUAAAAAAUAUCGAAUUCUGUAAAGGAGGUUGGAAGGUAGGAGAUGAACUUUGCUCUAUGGGGCAUCUUGGAGGUUUGUGUGAGGAAUGUGAUCACAAUAAUAUGAGAGGAGAUGGAAAUUUUUUUAAGGUUUAAUAGGAUUCAUAAUGCUAUAGUUGCUCUUCUAAUACUCUCACUCCCUUAACUUUCUCUUUUAUAUGGUAUGAAUUUAAAAGUAAUUUAAGGUCUAUUAUUUCUGUACUGAUAACAUUAAAAAGCAUUCAAAAAUCUAACCUAUUAUUUUCUAAACUUCAAUUUAAACUAAGAUAUCGAAAAAUCUUGUUUAAAUUGGAAAAAGGUAUAAUAAUUAUAUUUUGAUAUUUUAGAUAUGGAGGGUAUUUUCAUCAAGAUGUUAUUCAUCUAUUUAUGGAUAUUUUCAGUCAUAUUUACUUUUAAUAUCAAAUUUUCUAUAUCCUUUUCAUUCAUUGAUCAAACUAGUAAUACUUCUUAAUUCAUGGCAUCUAGUCUUGAUUGCUUUUUAUCUGAAGCUUCUUAAAUUUAAUUAAUUUAUGUAAGAAUUAUUGCUACAAUUUUAUUGAUACUAAUAUAGGUUGCGAUUAUUUUGAUAGGGUAUCAAGUAUAUAUUUUAGCUUCUCAAGGUAGGUUUCAAACUUACAUCAUUUCAAACACAUUAGUAUAUUUAUAUGUCUCAAAUUUCUCUGGGCUUUUUAAACAGUAAUAAAUUAUUUAUUAUAAGAUUUUGUUCAAUUGUUUCAAAAAGAAUAAUAUCAAACAUUGAAUACAUCUAAGGAGACUUAACAUAAACAUUUGGUUCCUCAAAUCAUAAUUAUUGGAUUUAUCAAUUUGCUAUCCCUGGUUUAGUUUUAUUUGGAUUUUUAAUCCCAUUUGCUUUAUUUUUAUUUAUGUUUAUUACGAAGAAAAGAUUUAAUAAAAUUUAAUUUAGAAGACAUAUCUGUUAUUUGUUUGAUGAAUAUAAUGAAGAAAAUUACUUUUGGGAAUACAUCAAAUUUUCCAAAAAGAUUAGCAUAAUCCUAAUAAUGA